CAUGCCCCCAGGUCUCCGACUGGGUGGGCUCGGCCAUGGUCAGUGUGAACACGCCCCUUGGGGCUCCAGUGGAGAGUCCUUAUGACACAUCCCCAUCAGAAGGUGCUAACCUCAACGCGACCAACAACCUGGGUGUCAGUGCCCUGUGCGCCAUCUGUGGAGACCGGGCCACGGGCAAACACUACGGCGCCUCAAGCUGUGAUGGCUGCAAGGGCUUCUUUCGGAGGAGCGUGAGAAAGAACCACAUGUACUCCUGCAGAUUUAGUCGGCAGUGCGUGGUGGACAAAGACAAGAGGAACCAGUGCCGCUACUGCAGGCUCAAGAAGUGCUUCCGGGCUGGCAUGAAGAAGGAAGCCGUCCAAAAUGAGCGGGACCGGAUCAGCACUCGCAGGUCAAGCUAUGAGGACAGCAGUCUGCCCUCCAUCAAUGCGCUCCUGCAGGCGGAGGUCCUGUCCCAGCAGAUCACCUCCCCUGUCUCUGGGAUCAACGGAGACAUCCGGGCAAAGAAGAUCGCCAGCAUUGCCGACGUGUGCGAGUCCAUGAAGGAGCAGCUGCUGGUGCUCGUUGAGUGGGCCAAGUACAUCCCAGCUUUCUGCGAACUCCCCCUGGACGACCAGGUGGCCCUGCUCAGAGCCCACGCCGGCGAGCACCUGCUUCUUGGAGCCACCAAGCGCUCUAUGGUGUUCAAGGACGUUCUAUUACUAGGAAAUGACUACAUCAUCCCCCGGCAUUGCCCGGAGCUGGCAGAGAUGAGCCGGGUGUCCAUGCGCAUCCUGGAUGAGCUGGUGCUGCCUUUCCAGGAGCUGCAGAUCGAUGACAAUGAGUAUGCCUGCCUCAAAGCCAUCAUCUUCUUUGACCCAGAUGCUAAAGGUUUGAGUGACCCGGGUAAGAUCAAGAGGCUGCGGUCCCAGGUGCAGGUGAGCCUGGAGGACUACAUCAACGACCGCCAGUAUGACUCACGUGGCCGCUUCGGGGAGCUGCUGCUGCUGCUGCCCACCCUGCAGAGCAUCACCUGGCAGAUGAUCGAGCAGAUCCAGUUCAUCAAGCUCUUUGGCAUGGCCAAGAUCGACAACCUGCUGCAGGAGAUGCUGCUGGGAGGAUCCUCCAGUGAUGCAACUCAUGCCCAUCAUCCCCUGCACCCUCACCUGAUGCAGGAACACAUGGGCACCAACGUCAUUGUUGCCAACACGAUGCCUACUCACCUCAGCAACGGACAGAUGUGUGAGUGGCCCCGACCCAGGGGGCAGGCAGCCACCCCUGAGACUCCACAGCCCUCACCACCAGGUGGCUCAGGGUCUGAGCCCUACAAACUCCUGCCAGGAGCCAUCACCACAAUUGUCAAGCCCCCCUCUGCCAUCCCCCAGCUGACUAUCACCAAGCAAGAAGUCAUCUAGCAAGUCGCCGGGGGUCGGGGGCUCUGCUGGCCCUCCAGUCCCCUCAGAGAGCCCCUGGUGGUCACUCGGUCACAGGGCUGGAAGCUGUGACAAUAGGGCCAGUCCCAGAGCAGUAGUGAAAAGGGCAAAGGGCCCAAGAACUUAGGCUGUGGGCCACGUCACAUUGCCACCCUCCUCUGCUCUGGAUGAUGGGGCCUUGACUUGGGGAGAUCCCAGCUGGAGAAUCCUCUGCUGCCUUGGACAACGUUUCUCUUGCCGAAGCCACUGCCUUCCCCUUCAUCCAUCUCUACCCCCAGCUGCUUCACCUGCUGCCUAGAGAUGGCGUGGGACCUCGCUCAAGCACAGCUCUCUUCCCCUGAGGCUGGUGCUUCUCCCCAGUGCUGUCAUAGUGUCCAGGCCCCUUUUCUCUCUUUGCUCCCCAACUCUGAGGGAUGAGUGUCAGAAUUCUGCCAUUCCUGGAGUGGGCCAGUUUG